AAUACCCAUUUUCAUUGAACUGCAUGGUGAUAACCAGCAUAUAUAGCAUUUUAGUCAUCCUUUACAAAAUGAGAAGCUUCUUCACUUGUAAUCGCCUCCACUUUACUUUAAUUAUCUUUCUUUUCUCAGUAUGCUUUUCUACUUCGCGCUGUGGUGACCUUGAAGUACUUUUGAAGCUCAAGUCCUCAAUGAUUGGACCCAAAGGCUCGGGCAUGGAUGACUGGAAACCCUAUUUGUCUCCAGCAGCACAUUGUUCCUUCUCCGGAAUUUCCUGUGACCAGGAUUCACGAGUCAUUUCUUUGAACGUGUCUCACACACCUCUCUUCGGUUUCAUUUCGCCUGAGAUUGGGCUAUUGAACAAGCUGGUCAGUUUAACACUCGCUGCAGACAGUCUCACGGGGAUGCUUCCUAUGGAGAUGGCAAACCUCACGUCACUCAAGGUCCUCAACGUCUCCAAUAACGUUUUCUACGGAAACUUUCCCGGAGAAAUAACCCUGCGAAUGACACAGCUUGAGAUUCUUGACACUUACAACAACAAUUUUUCCGGGCCACUUCCUACAGAGCUCGUGAACUUGAAAAAUCUCAAGAUUCUUUGUCUUGGCGGGAACUAUUUUUCUGGGCCAAUUCCAGAUAGUUACUCCGAGAUUCAGAGCCUCGAAUUCUUGGGCUUGAAUGGCAAUUCACUUACCGGCAAGAUCCCGGCGAGGCUGGGUAGGUUAAAGAAUCUCAGAAAAUUGUUUGUUGGGUACUACAAUGCUUUUGAAGGAGGUAUUCCAGAGGAGCUUGGAUCCUUGAGUUCGCUUCAACGCCUCGACAUGGCGAAUUGUAACCUUACGGGCGAGAUUCCUAAGAGUCUAGGCCUUUUGAAGAACUUGGAAGCAUUGUUUCUACAUAUCAACCAGCUCACGGGUAAUAUACCUUCUGAACUCUCUGAUUUGGUCAAUUUGAAAAUGCUAGACUUUUCAGUUAACAAACUUACUGGAGAGAUCCCAGAAAGCUUCUCGCAACUAACAAAUAUCAGUCUAAUCAAUCUGUUCAAAAAUAAACUUUCCGGUGGAAUUCCUGCGUUUAUUGGUGACCUUCCAAAUAUUAAGGUGUUUCAGAUAUGGGAGAACAACUUUACGUCUGAACUCCCAAAGAACCUAGGUCAGAAUGGAAAACUUGAAGUUCUUGAUGUCACAUCUAACCAACUUACUGGUCCGAUUCCACGAGAUUUAUGUAAAGGAGGGAAGUUGAAGAUGUUGGUUUUGAUGGACAAUUUCUUUUCUGGACCAAUUCCCGAGGAGCUUGGAGCUUGUAAGUCGCUAGUGAAAGUCCGAAUUCAGAAGAACUUAUUCAACGGGACGAUUCCUGCUGGGAUUUUUAACUUACCCCUAGUGCAAAUUAUUGAGGUUAGCAACAACAAUUUCUCUGGCGAGCUUCCCUCCAACAUUUCAGGGGACUCCCUUGGAAUUCUUGAUCUAUCCAACAAUAAAAUCACAGGGAAAAUCCCUCCAUCAAUUGGAAAUCUUAAAAGCUUGCAAACUUUAUUCCUGGGUAGGAAUUCAUUUCAAGGUGAGAUUCCUAGCGAAAUCUUUGAUAUAGAUGCAUUGUCAAAGAUUAACAUCACUUCAAACAACUUCAGCGGUGAGAUUCCAACUUCAAUAUCUCGUUGUACUUCACUUUCAUCCAUCGAUUUUAGUCAAAACAGUCUCUCCGGGGAAAUUCCAGAAGAUAUUGGUAGUUUAAAGAUUCUCAGCACUCUUAAUCUUGCUCAUAACCGACUUAUUGGGCAUAUACCAAAUGAAAUUUGCUCCAUGACAAGCCUCGUCAUCCUCAAUCUAUCCUACAAUAGUUUUGUGGGAAGAAUUCCUAGUGGUGGGCAGUGUUUCUUGUUUAAGGACAGCUCAUUCACUGGAAACCCAAAUCUCUGUACCCCAAGCAUAGUCUCUUGCCCAGCUAUGCUCGAUCCACUUCAAGACUCAGGUCAAACUCGAGGGAAGUUUUGUUCUCCAGUGUUCGUUGUUGCUGUUGUAGCUUUGGCAACUGUUUUGUUGUUGGUACCAUCUCGGAGCCAAACAUGUCAUGAAUGCGAAGGCAGUGUUGGGAUUAUUCAUCUUGAGAAGACUACAUUAGAACUCACAGACGUCAAUUGUAGCCUUAUUCCUGGCAGCCGCGAAUUCCAGGAAAAUACAUCAAAACUCUCUUAGCUGUCAGAUGUAGUUUCUGUCAUGAAAAUGGUGGACCCUAGGCUCAAUGGCCUAUGGGUACCUUUGUGGCUUUGAUAAGUUUGUUGUAGGAUAUGAGUUGAGGAUGUGAGUUUUACUUGACCCACCACAAGAGAAGACACAAUAAAUCUAAAUGAACAACCUUUUAUAAUAAUUUUUUUCACAAA